GGCAGACCACACACUGGAGGCUGGCAUUUCGCUGCUUUACUGUUUUUACGCGCUGUCGCCACAAGAGCGUCAAGCAACACGUACUUGAGCAGGUCAUCAUGGCAUCCCCACACGACCCAGCGUGUCGGCAACGGGCUGCGACCCAACGAGCCGCACCGCCGCUACAGGACACGCCAGCCUCCAGCUCGCAAACCCCCCAGGCACAGGCACUCCCUCGCAGCAGAGGGCGUCGUCCGGCGCGACCCAGGGGCACGGCCGGGCCCACGACAGCCGACUGGCUGCAGCGGCAGCACCGCGGUGGCAGUAGCGGCAGUAGCAGCAGCAGCAGCAGCGCCUUGCUCGGCGCGGCCUCAGCCGCAGCGGUGGUGUGCAGCCUGCUACUGCUGGCAGGCACGCUGCCCGCGCUCUGCCAGCAGGAGCCGGCGCCGGCGCCGCAGCCACCUACGCCGUCGUCGGCCACGAGCGGCAGCCCUGCCCCUGCCCCUGCCCCUGCUCCUGGCCCUCCUGGCCCCGGCAGUGAGGUGUACAUCAGUGAGGUCAUGGCCAGUAACCAGGGGGCGCUGCAGCUGCCGGCGGCGGCCAGCAGCACGGGUGGCGGCGGCGGCGGGGGCGGCGGCAGUAGUCCUGACUGGCUGGAGCUCCACAACCGGGGCGCCGGCGCCGUGGCGCUAGAGGGCUGGGAGCUACGGCUGCUUGACCACGACGAGGAGGACGGCAACGACAGCAGCCGUAGCAGCAACACCUGGACAUUCCCGCCCGACACCUCCAUUGCGCCCAACGCCUAUCUGGUCAUCUACGCCUCAGGCAAGAACGUCUCAGCUGGUAACGCCACCGCCGGGUCAGCCGCUGCGCCGGCGUCGCUGCACGCGAGCUUCAAGCUGCCGGCGGCGGGCGGUGUGGGUGUGCAGCUGCUGGGGCCAGGCGGCGUCGUGGUGGAACGAGUGCAGCUGCCCAGGCAGUAUGCCAACGUGUCCUUUGGAGUGCCGGCUGCCGCCGACGGUGUCAAGCGGGACGCGGCGACGGCGGCACCGCUCACCUACCUCUCCGCCGCCACACCGGGAGCGGACAACGCGGCGCCGCUGGCGAUUGGACCCAUCAUCACCAGCGUGUCACGCCCCACGGGUCCGGACCGCCCGCCCGCUGGCGCCGACCUGCUCGUCAACAUCACACUGCGCCCCAACCUGAACCCAGUGGACGGCGCCGGCGUCAGCCUGGUGUACGUCGUGAACUGGGGGCAGGAGCAGGAGCUGGCGGCGGCGCAAGAGGGGCCGGCGGGAGCAGACGGGGAGCUCCUGUACACGGCCGCCAUCCCGGCAGCGGCGUUCAAGGCAGGCGACAUGGUCCGCUGGCGCGCCCGUGCCGCCGACACCGCGGGUUACCGCUCCGCCCUCCCGCGCCCGCCGCCUUCGGCCGGCACCGCUGCUGCUGAGGAGUGGCCGCCGGCCAUGGCCGCUGCUGCCUUGGGCCAGGCACAGGGCGGGGAGGGGCAGGAGCAGGAGCCGCACUACUACGGCACCGCGAUUGCGGUGCUCGAGGACCAGGUCAUUACCCCCGAUGUCCCCAUCCUGGAGUGGUUCAGCCCAAACGCGGAGGCUGCCACCUCUGUGGACGGCGCGCUGGGCCAGGUGCUCGUGUACGGCGGCACCCUGCAUGACAACGUGGCGGCGCGGCGGCGCGGAGUCACCGCACUGUCCUGGCCCAAGCCCAAACUCAAGUUCAUCCUGCCCAGCCGGGACUUCAGGUACUCGGACACGGCACCGGAGGUGUCUGAGUUCGGCCUCCAGUCCUUUUGGUACGAGCUGGGUGAGCGCAGCUACAUGAAGGAACCGCUGGCGCUGCAGUUCAUGCGCGAGGCGGGUGUGAUCGCGCCCACCUCCUUCCACGUGCACGUGCGGCUCAACGGCCAGUUCUACGGCCUGUUUGCGUUCGUGGAGGUCCUGGAUGACACAUACCUGCAGCGCCACGGGCUGCCGCCCUCCGGCCCGCUGUUCAAGAGUGUCAGCGGCGAGCUGUCCAACCUGCGGUGGGACCUGCCGCUCAAGGAAUACCCCAGCUUCUGGGAGAAGGAAAACAGGGACAAAGUCGCCGCGGACUGGGACGCACUGCGGAACUUCAGUCGCGGGCUGGCGGGCGGCGGCCCCGAGCCCCGAUCGGAGUUUGUGGUGCAGUCUGUCAACCUGCCCUCGAUGAUCAACAACAUGGCCGCACAGACGCUCGUCAACAACAUGGACCGCUGCACCAAGAACUUCUUCAUGUACCUCCACCCCCACACGCGCGAGUGGUACAUGCUGCCCUGGGACAUGGACGGCUCUUUCGGCCAGGACAACGGUCUGGGCGGCAAACCCGAUCUGGACAAUUACUGCGUGCUGGCGUGUGAGCAAUGGAACUCGCCGCUCUACUGCGACAGCGAGCAUCCGCAGGAUCUCAGUCGUGUCACUCCCUGGGGCACAGUGGCUGUGAAGCUGAACGACAACUCCUACCAAGGAGCCGCCGUGCGCAAGCCGUCCAACCCCGCUGGCCGCCGCAGCCGGGCACUCCUGCAGCAGGAGGCAGGUGCCGCGGCGCCCGAGGGCGAGGCUGCCGGUGCUGGCGCCGCAGCCAGCGGCAGCGAUAGCAGCAGCAGCGGCAGCAGUAGCAGCUUGGAGGCGCGCCGCGCUCGGCGCCGGGCGGAAGACACGGCUGCGAACAUCAACAAGUCGCCCAUGUACGCCGCCGGCCCCACCAUCACCAAGUUCCCGCCGCCACGGGGCUGGGACAACCCCGACCGCGUCACGCUGACGCAGACGUCGCCCAACGGCCCCGCGGGCACCUACAACCACCUGUACGACGCAAUACUGGACACCAACGCCACACGGGCCAUGUACCUGCGGCGGCUGCGCACACUGGCCGACACCUUCCUGGCGUCAGGUCGCAUCGCGCAGAUGGCCAAUGCGACCUACACGCGCAUCAAACCACUUGCAGACCUGGAUGCAAAGAAAUGGAGCUCAGGCAUCUCCGUAGACAGGGGGUAUCAGCAGAUCACAACGGAGUUCCUGCCCAUUCGCACCGACCAACUCCUUGGGUCCCUGUACGGGCCGACUGGGCGGCGGCCUCUGUUGCCCACAAGCCAGAAGCCGGAGCAGGUGGCUGUCGCGGUCGAGCCCCUGUUGGGCGAGGCGGCCCCGCCUGCCCCCGCGGUGACUGUGCGGCUUCGCAACAAGGGCACCGAAGCCGUCGACCUGUCGGGCUGGCAGCUGAGGCCAGCAGCUGCCGCGGCGGCGGGCGCGAAUCUCACCCUCCCAGCCGGCACUGUGGUGGCUCCAAGCAGCUCGGUGGUUGCCACGACGGAUUUGGCCACGGCACGUGAGCUGCAGCGCCGCGCCGGAGCGGCGGCACCCGCAGGCGGUGCCGCAGCUGCGGGCGCUGCGGCGGAGCCGUAUGUAGAGCUGAGCACAUCGGCCCAAGGCAGCGGCAAGGCGGGGGGGAGCGCGCCAGGGAGCGGUGGUGGUGGAGCUGGCAAGUGGGAGCUGGUGGAUCCGAGCGGCGCGGUGGCCGGUGCAGGCGGUGGCGUUGCUAUGCAAACAAAGAAGUAGCAAUGCAAGCUCACCGGGUUGGAAAACAUAGAGAGCUGGCUAGGUGUGCGGUAUGGGCGUGUGGAAGAGUAUGGAGGAGAGCAUGACGGAGUGUAUGGCACCAGUAACACGAGCAUCACUCAUCCUUUGAGCGAGUGUUACUUGGCUUUGCAAAAAGCGAG